AUGGCAAACAGAGCCAAAAUACUCAUAAAUAAACGGACUUCUUUAAAGUCUAAAAUCACGAAUCUCUAUAAUAUCCUCGACAAAGGUACAACGGACGGUACAUUAAUCAAAUUACGCUUAGACCGUGUAACUGAGUUAUUUCACGCGUAUGAGGACUUCAACGACGAGCUUACCGAAUUAGAUCCAAACGAAUCACAUCAAACUGAAUAUGAAAAUAUUGAAGAACGAUAUUAUUUGCUUGCGGCUAAGAUAAAAAAUAGGUUGUUCGCGUCAAAUAUAUCCGAGGCUAGUACCAGCGCGUCCCACGAAGAUCGGGCCUAUGAGAAUUCACUCGCUACUUCGACCAAAAAACGGCGUAUCAAACUGCCCGAAGCCUCGCUUCCGACCUUUGAUGGCAAAUUUAAGAGUUGGCUCUCGUUUAAGAAUAGCUUCCGGAAUAUGAUCGGAUCACAGAACGACUUGUCAGACAUUGACAAGCUUCAUUAUUUGAAAUCGGCUUUAACGGGCGAAGCGGCCAAUAAAAUUAAAAUCUUUGAAACCGACGAUAUAAAUUAUUCUAAGGCAUGA